AUUUUUCUCCCACACUUGUCUCAGACGGAGGUAAACAACGCGUCCCUGCGGUCUGUCCCGGGUCUCUCUGUAGAAUAGAUGGACACUAACAGCCAGACACGGAGGACGAAGACAGGAAGUCAGCGGUAAAGCGAAUAAUGUGACAAAAAAAGGGAAAAACAAACAAACAAAACAGGAUGUGCUCCACGGAAAACAACGCGGAGCUGCUGCGGUCAUCGUCCGACCCCGCUCUUCUCCUGGAGCUGAAGACCAGGCGGCCUCCGUCAUUGGUGGGCCGGGCGGGCUGUGAGACCUGGAGCGUGGACUUCUCUCCGGACGGAGCCUGGUUCGCGUGGUCGAUGGGACACGGCAUCGUGUGGGUUGUCGCCUGGCCUCUCGAUUCCGAAGACAGUCAGAGUGGAGAGAUUGACCGUGAAGACAAGAGCUUCAGUUGUGGUCACCCAGUGUGGGGCCUCGCUUUUGGACCAAGACCCCCAAAAUCCAAGUCAGUCACUGCUGCACAGCCACAUAAUGCAAAAACAAAAGGGAACCACAGCCUGCUCCUGGCCACAGGCUUAGAGAAUGGAGUAAUCAAAAUCUGGAAUGUCUUAUCAGGUUAUGCUGUAUUUGACCUCCAUGGCCACGAAGGAGUCGUCAGGGACCUGGUUUUCCCCCAGAAUGGGACACUCACCCUUGUGUCCUCCUCUCGAGACAAAACCUUGAGGGUUUGGGACCUUGCUCACAAAGGUAAAAAGGUGCAGGUGCUUUCUGGCCACAAAGACUGGAUCAGCUGCUGCUGUGUGUCGUCAGACUGCAGCAUGAUUGCGUCUGUUGGACGAUUUGACAGAAUGGUGUGUCUGUGGAGUCUACGGUCCUAUACGUUCAUCAGAAACCUGACUGGAGGGACACGGAAGACCGUAUACCUACUGUCUUCUUGUGACUUCUCCCCUGACGGCGCUUUGCUCGCCACAGCAGCGUUCAGCGGCUCCAGCUGGUGGAUCGACCUCUGGGACCCGUAUACAGCAGAGAAGCUGACCACUCUGGUCGACUACUUUGACAACCAUGGGCAAAACCAAAUCUCAGCAAUACAGUUCUCCCCCAACGGUUUGCACUUGGCGAUCGUGACUGACGGCAGAGCUCUGCGGAUCUGGACGCCAGGACAGAAAGGGAUGGUGAUGCAGACGAAAGCAGACCAAGACGCCAAUGGACUCUGCUGCAACUACCAUCCACAGGGUGGGGUGGUUGCCACAGGAACCAGAGAUGGUCAUGUCAGGUUCUGGAGGGCUCCCAGGACGGUGCCCAGCCUGUGCCACCUCUGCCGCUCCAUCCUGCGACACUCGGUCUCUACGUACCAACUGGAGCCGCUGCCCCUCCCCAAAAGGAUCAUGGAAUACCUCACAUACAGAAACAUCCCUGAAUGCCUCAAGACCUGCUGCUCCAACGGGGAAGAGGAGUGGGAAGAUUAAAUGAACAUUUAAAAAAAAAAAAAACUGGAAAUGACAUACCACUAAUAAUAUGCCUCUGUUUACUGUUUUUUUUUAUUUAGAGGCCGUUCACAUGCAGCAGCUAAAACACGUGGAAGAAGCUCGGGUGGUGUUUAACCAGAGGGCCACGCUGCUUUCAUACUUGGCUUGUCAUUCCAAAACUAAGUGUAUUCCCCCCUAGAUUGGUUCUAAUGGGCUUGUGUGAACCCAACAAUCGCAUGCAGCUCUGGCACAAAUCAACCAGGCUUAUAUGAUGUGUCUUCGGAAUGCAGAUUUUCCGGUGAUUAAAUCAUUAUAUGCUUAUAUCCAGAAGACGUCUUCUCCUUCAGAGGUGUCUGGAUGCAGCAUCUAUGCGUCUUCUUAUCAUCAUCAGAUAUAUGGCAUUGUUUUCUCUGUGCAGCCUAGUUGUAUAUCACCAUCCAGAGAACGGCAGUAAAUGCUAUUACCCACAAUCCCUGGCGGUAAUCCAUUUGCGAUACAGGACUCUGAGGGAUUCUCUCUCACACAAAAUUCCGACCAAUCACAAAACUGUUGAAGGAAUCAGACGUGUAUGUAACUAAUUAAUUGUAACACAUUAUUCCCUGAAUCUGAACAAAUUACAGAUAUGAAGGGACCCUAAGUAACCAACUUUAUUGUCAUUUAUUACUGAAAUUCAUUUUGCAGUGCAUAGGACAACAUACCCACGCAGCUCACUGGGUGACCACACUUGCUGCAGCCUCACUGGGUUAAUUAACACAUUAAAUAAAUACAAAUAAUAAUAAUUAAUCCUCUUCCUUCACCGUCUGAGCUUCAGGGGUUUGAUCUGGAUGAUUGAGGCUCAGGGAUUAUGAGUGAACAGACCUGUUCUUCCAUGUAUUGAAAGACUUAUUGAAAGCUCUUGCUGCACUCAUGUUGGAGUGAAAUAUCACAACACAUGCACCACUCUUGUUUUUGUGCACAUCUGACAUGCAUUUGCACAUCUUUUUAAAUAAAAUAAUGAUAAUAACUGUAUCUGCACUGUAUGUGAACGGCUUUCACGGCUCGGUUUUGCACACAGUGCAGCUCUUAAUGCUAAGUUAAAAUGCAACAUUCCUGCACUAAGGUUUUCAUUUAAAGCACUACUACUGUAAGACGAUGCAUUAACUAUGUUCAUAUGCUGACUUGAAUAUCAAUUUUAUACUAUUAAUUUAUUCUGUACGUAACAUGUAUUUCUAAAUCCUAUGUUUAUCUUUAAACAACACCCAUCCUGCUUCUGUACCUUCACAUAUUAAUGUAAAAAAACACAUCAAUUAUAGGAAAUUGUUUUAUUAAAAUUUAUGCAAACAUUUA